CCCAACAAUCUGAGAGCGAGUUCCACUCAGCAGAUUAGAAUCAUUGUCAUUCGGGUGAUGAGCAAAAAUGACUUUCAACAGCCUUAGCAUUCAUCUUCUUCCAGUUUUUGUUUUCGUAUUGUCCACGGUUGGAGUGGAUGCUGGAGCUGCUAAUCCCAGCUACGGUUUACAAGAUGACUACUAUCGUCAUUCAUGCCCAAGUGCCGAGUCAGUGGUGAGGAGAGUUGUGAUGGGGAAUGUCACCGUUGUCGACAAUCGGAAGUUUGCUGCGGGCCUCCUACGUCUAUCAUUUCACGAUUGCUUCGUCGAGGGCUGCGACGCAUCCGUUCUUCUGUAUGGUCCCGGCACAGAGAAGACUGCACCUGUUAAUAAGUUCCUCCAAAGUUUAGAGAUCCUUGAUAAAGCCAAGCAAGAGCUGGAGAAGAUCUGCCCUGGCGUGGUGUCGUGCGCCGACAUCUUGCAGUAUGCAGCUCGCGAUGGCGUCAUCGCCCUCAACGGCUCAAGCUGGAAGGUGCAAGGAGGACGGAGAGAUGGCCGUGUGUCAAGGGCUGAAUCCGCCGAAAAAGAAAUCCCUUCACAAGAUUUUGACUUGGAUGGAUUGACUGCAUCGUUCAAAAGAAAGGGACUUUCCAGGGAUCAAAUGGUCAUUCUUUCAGGAGCACAUACUUCAGCGGCCGGCCACUGCGAGAACCUCGUUAGAAGACUUUACAAUUUCAAUUCGACUCAUGCCACUGAUCCGUCGAUUCCUGCUGCUUAUGCGGCCGAGCUGAAGGCCACAUGUCCCCGAAAGACAUUUAACGACACUGUCUUUAUCACAAUGGAUGCGGUCUCAGCAUUCUUCGACGCCGGAUAUUAUGUGACUCUCGAAGAGCACAAGGGGGUGUUCACUUCGGAUCAGAUUCUGUUCGACGAUCAUCGUACUCGGCCUCUGGUGAAAACUUUGACUGACUACAAACUGUUCGAGAAGAAAUUCCACCAAGCUAUGCGCGCUAUGGCUGCAAUCGGAGUCAAAUUGUAUGAUGGAGAAAUUCGAAAAGACUGUCGCUUUAUAAAUUCGUACUGA